CUAGGAGUAAAGACUCAGCUCAAGUGAGCAUAGUUCAACAGUUGACGAUAGUUGGAGAUGCGACGAUGGUUAAAGAGGCGACGAUUGUUGGAGACGCGACGAUAGUUGGAGACGGGAGGACGGUUAGAGAGGCGGCUAUAAUUCAAGAGCUGAAGGUGGUUCAAGAAGCGAGGAUAGUUCGGGAUGCAGAGAAAAGGAAUAGAACAUCGUCUCAAGUAAAUCCUUUCGCAGACGAGCAAGAAAUACGCCAAAAUUCGUCAAGUAGUCCCUCAUCUCAAAGGAGCUCAAAGGAGGCUCAAAGGGGCUCAUAGUAGAGGACCAAGAAGUGGAGAAAAGUGUCCUCCGAGAUCUUCUUUGGGCACGGGACGGC